ACAGGCCUCAUUUUCUGCAUGCAAAAUGUGUGUGUUCUUUUAAAAGCCAGUGGUUGGCUGGUUUUCCGGACAUGAUGUGGUUGAAGCUGUCAUCGUAAUGGAAAUUCAUUGCUGUAGCUAUGGUAAAUCGAGUUUUCUGCCUGUGCUGAAUGCAUUAGUCUAAUGAGAUGUUUGCAGCUGGAGAGCGGAGCUGCUGGAGACUUUCAGUUUGCUAGCAGACAGGGAGAAGAUGGCUUUUGCGAGGGGCUGUGUGCAUGUGCUGGCAAUCAUCUGUCCUUCAAGUCAAAACAACAGUGCUCAGUAAGGAGACUGACAGCUGUUCUGCAAAGGCUAAUAGGUUCUGUGUUCCCUGCUACUAAGUGAGUGAUCAUAUUAAGAGAUGCAGUCUCCAAGGAUACCUGGCAGAAAACGAGGAAGGCCCCCACUUCAUUCGAACCCUUUGAAGAUGGCUGUCCAUAAUCUCUACACUGGGUCAGCUGGAUCCAUGCCAACUGUAAAAAUUCCAAAGAAAAGAGGCAGAAAGCCAGGUUUUAAGUAUAUGAGGGCUCCUGUACCACUGUUCCACUUACCUGAUGAAGGGUCCAUAGCAAAGUCGAAACGUUGUUUCUCUCUGCAUGCCCUCACAAUAAAUCUUCAAGCAUUGCAUCUUCGGAGUCUAAAGUCUCGUGUUAUUAUGACCCCAUUAGCAAUUUCGCCACCGCGCAGCACUCCAGAGCCAGAUAUUAGCUCAAUUCCUCAGGAUGCAGCUACUGUACCCAACUCUGCUGUUCCCCAGGCUCUUACAGUUUGCAUAUACGUGAACAAACAUGCCAACACCGGACCUUAUCUUGAUAGAAAAAAGGUUCAGCAACUGCCUAAUCAUUUUGGGCCAGAGCGGCCGUCCAUGGUUUUACAGCAAGCAGUUCAAGCCUGCAUUGACUGCGCUCAUCAGCAAAAAAGCGUCUUCUCUCUUGUGAAACAAGGCUAUGGAGGGGAAAUGGUCUCAGUUUCAGCAUCAUUUGAGGGCAAGCAGCACCUUCUUAGCCUUCCUGUAGUGAACAGCAUUGGUUAUGUCCUUCGUUUCCUGAAAAAACUUUGCCGUAGCCUCAUCUGUGACAAUCUGUUCAGCAACCAACCCUUCAUUCAGUACAGCACUGCAUCAGACAACCCAAAAGAAUAUGACACAGGGAGAAUGGAGUCAGAAACUGUAAUACCUGAAGAUUACUUGGUGGAUCCUGUGAACACAAAAAGGUACAAUGUAGACCCAUCAGAUUCUGCCUUCAACUACAUGGGCUCUGUUUAUCCUAUGAGGCAGAACUCUGGAGAAGGACGUCUUGGAGGAGCAGGAGGCUCAUCAUCCUGCAACCAUCGAUCUUCUGGGGGGCAAUCAUCUGUGGGUUUGAGACGGCAAGCAUCAAGCCCCACCAGUAACGGAUCUUAUAUGGAGGGGAACAGAAGUGCCUCUAGUCCUUCCCCUGAAAACCAGGAGGCAUGUAGACCAAUGAGCAAAGACCCUUCCAACUGGAGUGUUGAAGAUGUUGUGUGGUUUGUGAAAGAUGCUGAUCCUCAGGCUUUAGGGCCUCACGUUGACCUCUUUAGAAAGCAUGAAAUUGAUGGCAAUGCUUUGCUGCUGCUAAGAAGUGACAUGGUCAUGAAAUAUUUGGGACUAAAACUUGGGCCUGCCCUGAAGCUCUGCUACCACAUCGAUAAGCUGAAACAAGCCAAGUUCUGACAGUUAUACUAGUAUAGUACUUUCACAAUAUACAGUAGAUAUUGCCUUAUUUUUUUUUUUAAAGGCCAUUUUGACAGGUUUUGCCACUUUUGUUGCCAAGGCUUCUGUUUUAAAAUAAACAUGAUAUUUCCUUCUUAUUUACUGAAAAACAUUUAUAAUGAAUAACAGCCCGAAACCGAUUGUACUAAUAUUCCUCUUCUGUAUUUGACCAUUUUUAUACGUCUGCCACAAAAGCUGGUAAAGUGACCUGAUUUGUUUAAUCUUGUUUUUUUAUAGGCAUGCAGCAUGGAACACAACUGCUAUACAUGGCUAGGACAUUAAAUACAAAUGUUACUAGGGCAGCUGCAAAAAUACUAUACAUUACUAUAUUACUAUACAUUACUAUAGUAACAACAAAUGUUUGUCUUUUACAGACAGUGCAGAAAAAUUGAUUUAUUUUUAUCUUCUAAAGCCAGUACAUUGAAGAAAAGGCUUUAUAUUUUUUUUUCAAAGCAAGUAUGAAUACAAAAAAAUUUUCAUGAUGCUAUUCCCGCUCAGCUCAGAAUGCCUCUGGCAGCUGACUGGGCUGCCAUUUUUUGGACAUGAAUGGUAGACAAUGCAAUACUGAUGAACCAGGGUUUGUUAUUCCUGUUGAUUUAUGGAAAUGUGCUUUGCCUUAAGCCAAAAAUUGGGGAGAAUGGUUAUUUGCUCUUCUAGAUACACCCAAAACUCCACCUUAAACUUCAGUAAGAUUUCAGUGAGAGUGAAUGUUAAUUUCCAUUUCUACAUAGUCUUGAAAAUAUUAUCAGACUAAAUGACAAAUACACCAAUGUUUUACUGUAUCUGGAAUCAUAUGUAAGCUAAGGAGGUACCUGACCAAAAGUUGGACAUCAAGAUGGGGCCUUGAAAAAAGGUUGUAUUGGUUCUUGAACUGAAAAGUUUGACAACCACUGGCUUAAGCAUUAAUAGCUCAGUUUUCCAUUCAUUUGUUUUUUUAUUCUCUUGUAUUUAAAAUAUACAGAAUUACCACAACUGCCAUUACAGUAAACUUCCCCUCUGCAUCUGUAAGUGCAGUAGACAUAAAAGUAUAAACCAAGGCAGCAACCCAGACAUGUAAUGAGAUCACUAGGAAGGGAAACCGGGAACCAUUCGCUGGUGACAUCAUCAAAGUGGUAAGCAAGGGAAUUAAAUAGUGGGAGUUUGUUUAUAGACUUCUAGCGUCACAAGAUUUGGUUUAUUAAAUUGCUUCAUUGUAAAACGUAGAGCUUUAUUAAUACAGUAAAUAUAAACACAUUCUCUUUAAAACAAAUCCAAAACUGGAAUAUUUCGCUAAGUUGAGUUUAAAACGUAAUCAUGUCAGACCGCUUGUAAUUUUUUAACUGUUUACUGUAAAAUGUGAAAUGUAUGUAUUUCUUGGAUUUUGUAUAAUAGGGUGUAUAUAACACUUUGAGCAGUUCAUAGAUGUUUAUGGAAAUAUAGAAAGGUGUAUUCCAGUUGAGGCUCAUUUAAAAACCCUCUUCAUUGUAAUUCCCCUAUUUUGUGCUGGGAAGUUAAAGUGAGGAUAUAAUUUAGAAUAUAAGCACAUCUUGUGAUGUUUAACUUUCAUUUUUUAAUUUUAUAUACAUGACGUUAGGAAGCAAAAAGUCAAAAACUUCCAGACAUAUUUUUUACAAUUAGUAUCACGUGUAAAUCAAUUUUUAUAUAUCAUAAGAUUUUGUGUGCUUUUUGUUGAAAUAUGAGUGCCUAUUGUAAUUGCUUUUUUGUUCCGCAUGUCUCUGAGUGAAAAAUUUUGAAGUGGGCCAAGCUAUAUACAUCCGACAGCCAACAAAACCUGUAGCUAAUGACAAUGUAUAAUGCUCAAAAGAUAAAAACCAACUGUUAAAGGAACAGCAAAGAAAUAUACUGUACAUGUAAAGUUUAGCUUAGUAUGAAAGAAAGCUCAUACAUUUUGAUCUAAUACUCUACAGAUAUACGUAUCUACAGGUAUAUAUAUAAGGGAGAACGCUAGAUGAGGCCAAUAUGUUGGUCACUCCCCAGCAAUACUAUGCCAAUGUGCAUCUUCUAUAAAAAUUGCACUGGCUCAGGGGAAAUAAAUUUGGUGCUAAACCAAUAUGUUUGAUCCUUUUCUUAAGUGUACCUCCCUCUGCCCUGAGCAGGCCCUUGCACAAAGUAGUACUGUUAAAGAGCAAGUACUGAGUACUGUUAACUGAGCAUGUUAGCUAGCAAUUAUUAUGGGGGUUCAUUUGCAGCACCAUUUGCAAUCACAAAUGGAAUAGGUACAAAGUUUUGCAAGAAUUUUGCAGAAGUUUGCAAGAAUAGUUUUUUUCAUUGUUGAUGCCCAAUCAGGACAGUCAGCAUGAAAAUAUGGUACAGUAUAUUGUGAAUAAGCAAAUCCCUUUUGAGAAAUAAACUAGCAUUGCUAACAGGUUGCUGCGCAAAAGCUGAAUGUAUAUGCUCUGUAACUGAGGCUGUAUAUAUUUUUAUGUAUAUAUAUGUAUAUUGAGCUUUGUUAUAAGUUGAAAUUAUAUUGAAUUGUGUCAUGUCGCUGUAUCUAUUUUUGUUUAAUUUGCCAGUUUUAUAUUGCAUAUGUAAGAAAAUUCACAUCUAUGUAUGGCAGGCUUACAGUGGUUAUCAGCUAAAAGACAAAGGACAAAGCAUUAAUGAUCACUUAUUACACUUUAUAGUAAAAUAAUGAUGGCUUUAUUUUCAAACUGUACAGUUAGAAAACAGUGUAUUCUGUGCGUUAUUUGAAUAUGAUAUAGUGUCUAACACAGAUGCCUCCCAACCUGAAUAGCCCUUUCAUAUGAGCCUGUAGAGCUUAGAUCAUCUCACUGCAAGCACUUGCAAAUAGUUUGCCUUGCAGGGUUAAAAUGGCAAACUAGAUUAACCUGCUGGAUAUCCUAGAUUCCCCAAUUCCAUCAUAUAAAUUAUAAUAAAUUUGCCCCCAGCAAAUUUUCAAGCUCGAAUAAAACUUGAAAACUCAAAUAUCUCGAAUUGAAAAUAUGACUACUUUGCUUAGGACACCUCUUACUGACUGUAGAAACUCGCAAGCUUUUAAAUGGCGAAUUUUCACAUUCGAGUUUACAGGUUUUUUUUCACUUAAUAAAUACCAGACAUUCAAGCUUUUGAACCAUAAUUCGAAUUUGUGUUUUUUUUAGCGCUUGAAUCAUGAAAAAACAUUAAACUUGAGAGAUGAUAAAUUCCCCCCUCCAAGUGUAAAUGCACUUGGUUCAUAUCAUGUCACUAGGAUGUUUGUCUAAAAAUCUUUAUUUACCUGCUUUCAGAACAUGAGAUUAAUGAUGGCUGGGAGCAUGAGGAAAGACUUGACAGUCUUCCUCUGUAGACUGAAGUCCCUGUUUACCAUGUCUAAUUCCAACACAGCCUCUUACUGGGUAUUACAAUACAUAUGCAGAACACUUGGUGCAUACUAUUACAUAUGGGCCUAUGUAGUAGACAACUACCUGAAAUGCUGUUAUAUACUAAGGCCAUAGCUUGUUCACUUCUCGUAAAGACGUUUAAAACACCUACUAUCUGUGGAUGGUGCCCCACUGAAGCCAAUGGGGUAAUACUUGCAAAGGAUAAUGGGCUGUAUGACACCAACCACAAAUCUAAGUUGUGUCCUUUUAUAAUUGUACAGUACAAUAAGCCGUGAUGUAAUAUUUCAUAUGUAUCAACAUAAUAUUAAACAUGAAAAGGGUGUAAAACAUGGGCUACAUUUAAUGCAAUAGUGAUAUCAACCUGGUGCUAUCCCCUCUGCAGGAAACAUCUAAUGGCCUUUAACUGUGAAUAAUAAUAAUAGUGCUAGUUGCUAGUUAUCUAAAUUGGUACCCUAGGUAUUUCCCAGUGAAUUUUAUUUAAAUGUAUAAAGGAAUUCUUUUCUGGCAAAAUUAGUGCUGAAUUGUUCCCAAACUGGUAAAUAUUCAUUAUUGCCCACUGACUAACUGCAAUGAACAGUAAACACAAGAUAUUUUUCUAGCCCUAAACAACUUCCUACAAUUUAGUAGCACAACAUACACAGGUAUGAGGUCUUUUCUUCAGAAACCUGUUUUCCAGAGACCUUUUAUUAUGGCAAUGACAUUUUGAGUCCUAUUUAAGUAAAGAAUUGUUUUUUUAUGGAUGUCCUUGAACCCUAUGAUAACAAUAAUAAUAAACCAGUACCCAAAAAAUCCAUGGAUUUCAGAUAAAAGAUCCAUACCUGUACUGAUAUAAAGAAAUAUGUGUAUUUACUUAUUUAAGAUCAAAAAGCAAAAAGGAAUCAAACAGC